AUGGAUUUCCUAAAGUCCGCCGUCGCAUCUGCAAUUGCCAAGGGCCCUGCCUUCCCCUACUCGUUCGGCGACAUCGUCGAUGUCGACCAGUCCAUAUGGACCCUGCACAAUGGCACGAAACGUGAGGACGGAUCAAACUGCAGCAUUUUCUCCUUCGACAUCACCGCAAACAGGUCCCGACUACCGCUUGCGAAGAAUGCGCUGAAGAAGCUCCGCACCUUGCGGCACCCCGGUGUGAUCAAGGUUUUGGAUACAGUCGAGACCGACACGUACAUCUACAUUGCGACAGAGCGCUUGGUUCCUUUGCGCUGGCACGUCAAACGGAAGAGCCUCAGCCCCGAGACCAUGAAAUGGGGCAUAUAUAGCGUAGCGCGGACGCUCAAAUUCAUCAACGAUGAAGCCUCUUCGAUCCACGGAAACCUGAGAGUCGGGUCCAUAUACACCUCAGAAAGCGGAGAGUGGAAAGUCGGAGGCUUCGAGGUCUUGAGCAAUGUUAAAGGCGAUGAUGCCAUCAUAUAUACUUAUGGAAGCAUGGUACCCGAUUCGGCGAGGUAUGCGCCUCCAGAGCUACAAUCCGGCUGGGAUGCCAUUAAAAAGGCUCCUCAUUCCGCCGUUGAUUCUUUCAAUUUGGGCACAUUGAUUUUUGAGGCAUUCAAUGGUGACUAUUCCGGCGGGAGUCAGGCUGGCCAAACCAAGAACAUACCUCCCAGCAUGCAUGCGAGCUACAAGCGGCUUGUCAACAACAACCCGAAAGCUAGACUCAGCAUCGGCCAUUUCAUCGAACAGGGCCUUCGUCGCGGUGCAUUCUUCGACACAGCGCUCAUCAAGUUAACUGACGGAGUCGACAACCUGGGCGUCAAAUCUGCCGAAGAGCGAGAAGCAUUCCUCAAUGAUCUCGACCAACUUACAGACGACUUUCCCGAAGACUUCUUCAAAAUGAAAGUCCUGCCUGAACUGCUCAAAUCAGUCGAAUUUGGCGGCGGAGGGCCAAAAGCCUUCAGCCUCGUAAUGAAAAUUGCGACGAAACUUUCAAGUGACGACUUCGACUCGAGAUCUGUUCUCACCAUCAUCGGCAAGCUCUCUGAUCGCACUAUAAAUGGGGAGCUGCUGAAGUGUCUUGCCAAGACUGCGAAUGACGAGCAGCCUGGUAUUCGCACAAAUACGACUAUUUGCUUGGGGAAGAUUGCUAAAAACUUGGGAACUUCAUCGAGGAGCAAGGUCUUGAUUGCAGCAUUCACGCGCUCUCUCAGAGACCCUUUUGUUCACGGAAGGAAUGCCGCACUUAUGGCACUUGCUGUCACAGGAGACUGUUUCUCUGACGAAGACAUCGCGCUGAAAAUUCUCCCUGCCAUCUGCCCUUCUCUGAUUGACAAGGAGAAGAUCGUUCGGGACCAGGCAACGAAGACCAUGGAUAUUUACGUGCAGAAGAUAAAGAAGGCCGCUGAAAACAUGCCUGACACCGUUCUUCCCCCUCAACAGACUGGUGAGCACGCAGGAGCACCGCGCAUGGGUACUCCGCAACCAACGGAGUCUGCCGCAGCUUCAUGGGCUGGUUGGGCUAUUUCAUCAUUCACCAACAAGAUAUCCACAGCUGCGGGUGAAAUUGAGCCAUCUGCGUCAAACGGCUCAACCCCAGUCGCAGAGGUGAAGCGUCCUGUGCUAGGAACCACCUCGUCAGCGUCAACAUUACACCGGCAGGCUAUGAAGUCGCCGCAACCUGCCUCGUCGACCAUCGCAAAAGCUCCGGCGAGCAACUCCGGCGCUGAGUCCUUCUUUGCAGAUGUCGAGACGGCAGAGGACGAAGGAGAUGCUUGGGGCGACAUGGGCGACAUGGACGACGACGAUAAUCUCGCAGAUGGAUCAACAGCUGCAAAUGAUUCCAUGGCCUCAUCGGCCACCUUUCCUGCAGCAAAGAAAGAAUCAACAAGAAAUAUCAGCAGCAGUGGCAGCGGGAGCGCACAACCAUUCGGCGAGGAUGCGGAGCCGGACUUUGCCGGGUGGCUAGCCGCACAACAGAAGUCCAAGGGUAGCAGCAAGCCGUUGCCAAAGGGGCUCAACAAAGCAAGCCCGGCGAACGGCAAGUCAGCGACAAGCAAGAAACCAAUAUCCAAACCUGCCGCGAAGCCGGCGCCGGCCAAGAAGAUUGAUCUGAAGCCGAAACAAACAGAUGACGAUGAGGACGGAUGGGGGGAUGGGUGGUAA